UGCCUUUGUCGCAAUGAGCAAAACACAAAAGCCAGCAAGCACCGGAUCAAAUCGAUUCUCAGCGAAUUCAACUGCAUCAAUCAACGUUCCGUCAAGUCGUUCUGUUAGCUUUUCUCCAGAACAAGUAUAUCGAAAUUAUGGAUCAUUGGCUAGUUUUUCACAAUCUUUUGGACAAGGAGAAUAUUCACAUAAUGAAGGAGAAUUGAGCCAAAGUCAUAGCUAUAAUAGAACUGAUGGUGACGUGGGGUUAGAUCAUACAAUUGAUAAUCAAAAUCCACCUAGUGGAUCAUUGUAUUCACGGAGGGGUACAAAGAUUCCUUUCCGAAUACCAUUAAGUCCUAAUACCCGUAAAAUUUCGCGUAGUCGUGGUUAUUAUACGGUUACACCUGGCUCUUAUUCGGCUUCCUUUUCUAAUGAGAGGACUCCUUGGAACACUUUAAGAUAUUAUAAUGAUACCUUUUUUAUUGGGUCACCCACUGAUGAUAAUUUAUAUGAUGACUCUACAUCAUUAGCGUCACCAAAUUAUGAUGACGUUUCUUGCGUUAUCAUGGAUGAUGGUACAAUACAAAAAAGGAGAGUUUCUUUAAACUCGGAAUAUUCAAGGCAAAAUACCUUUGCCGGAGAGCAAGCGCCAUUACUUGAUUAUUACGACUCGGAUUCAGAUUCCGAAUAUGUUAAAUUUAAAAAACCACCUAGUCAGUCGUUCUGUCACCGCGCUAAAACUUGGUUGCGGGAAAACACAUUAACUCAAAACAAUAAAAAUAUCAUUAAAUGUGCAUUGGCAUAUUUUCUUGCGUCAUUAUUCACGUAUAUUCCAUUUUUAAACGAAUCGUGUGGUUUUGAUAAAUCAUAUAAUUCGCAUCUUGUAGCAACAGUUUCGGUGUUUUUUGAUCCUGCAAAAUCAUUCGGUGGAAUAUACGAAGCUGUUUUUUACGCAAUUAUAGGUGGUUUAUAUGGUAUGAGUGUUAGUAUUGGUAGUAUGUUAAGUGCUGUAUGGUUCAACGAACAUAAUAUGAAUCUUUUGGGGCACAUUAUCUCGGUUGUAUUUUGGUGUGGAGGAAGCAUGUUUAUUGUUGCAUUCAGUAAAGCAAAAAUUAAUAAGCCAUCCUUUAAUAGUGUUGAUGACAUAAAUUAUACGGACAAAUCUGUACAAUCCGCGAUCGAAUCAUAUCGCGCAACUUUUACUUCUCUUAAUGAAUCAUUAAAGCAGGCAACACUUGAGAUACAUAAUAGGAAUAUGCAAGAAAAGCUUCAUUUAUAUAAAAAAGUUGUAGAGAGUUUAACUCGGUUAGCACAACAUUUGGGUGGCUUAAGAAGUUGUUGUGGACUUCAAUGGGAAAUCAUAAAGGACUCUAAAGAUAAAGAAAAGCCUUUGAAUAAUAAAUCAGGUAGAAAUGAAUAUGAAAACGAAGACACUUGUGAUUUAAAAGCCCUAUUAGAGCUUAUUCACUACAUUGGUCCGCAUAUGAAAUCUCUUGCAUACACUUGUAAACAAACUCUUUCACAUCUUCAAGAACAAUUUGUUGAGACAGAUAAUUUACAUUCGAAGAUAGUCCCAUCAUUUACAUUACUUAGCCAAAAUCAAGUUUUAUUAUAUGUCCCUGGCUAUUAUAGUAAUCAAAACUCCAAAACUAGUCGUUCGUUAAACAAAUAUUCGGCAUGCACGUGA